CGUGCGUCGCGCUGUCGAAGAGAAGAAGCUACAUUUUCUAUCCAUUUAAAAAGAAACCUCUAAGCUUCGUUUACAGUUGGGUCCCGGUGGGUUGUCUAGGGCGACAUGGACGACGAGGAGGAGACUUACAGGCUGUGGAAGAUCCGUAAAACCAUCAUGCAGCUCUGCCACGACAGAGGCUAUUUGGUGACCCAGGACGAGUUGGAUCAGACCCUGGACGAGUUCAAGAGUCAGUUCGGAGACAAACCCAGCGAGGGCCGUCCCAGACGUACAGACCUGACGGUGUUGGUGGCACACAAUGACGAUCCCACCGACCAGAUGUUUGUUUUCUUUCCCGAGGAACCCAAGGUGGGGAUAAAGACCAUCAAGAUGUACUGCCAGAGGAUGCAGGAGGAGAACAUCACAAGAGCCAUCAUCGUCGUUCAGAUGGGCAUGACGCCCUCAGCCAAGCAGUCUCUAGUGGACAUGGCGCCCAAGUACAUACUGGAGCAGUUUCUGCAACAGGAGCUACUAAUUAACAUCACCGAGCAUGAGCUUGUUCCUGAGCACAUCGUCAUGACAAAAGAGGAAGUCACUGAGCUUCUGGCAAGAUACAAAUUAAAGGAGAGCCAGUUACCAAGGAUACAGGCCGGAGACCCCGUGGCUCGCUACUUUGGCUUGAAGAGAGGACAGGUGGUGAAAAUCAUCAGACCCAGUGAGACGGCUGGAAGGUACAUCACAUACAGGCUGGUCCAGUGAUGGACAGUUUUGUUUUCUAGAUCUUCAGAAUCAACCUUCAGAUCCGUGGAAGUCCAGUUUUCACUCAUGUGGAAUAUCUUUGUUUUUAACUUCUUUAGAUUUCAUUGUUUGUAUUUACCUUUUUUUUGUAAAAUAAAGUCAAAAUUUAA